UCAUCUUGCAUCUCCAAUUCCAAAGUGUGGCAACUCUGGCGUAUGUCGACGAGAAAAAAAUAUGAAAGAUAGUGAAAUUCGGCUUAAUUUUAAAAUUAGAACACGAUUUGUGCCCGGGAGAUGUGCUAGCCGAUAAGAUAAGAUGCUGGCCCUGGGCAGAACGGCUUCCUUGGGCGCGUCUACCGCCGCUGUCUCCUUUGCCUUGGCCGUUCCGUCCAUCAGUGCCUCCGCCUCCACCCCCGCCCUGCGCCUUGCCACAUCAACAAAAACAAACGUACACAAACAAAGGCGAACAGAUGUUUCGCACCAGUUAUGUAAUGUUCAAAAAUUGGCGCAAAAUUCAAUGUCGCUGCGACUCGGCAGAGCAGCGCCGGCAGCUGUGGGCACAGGAACACGUGAGCAGCAGCAGACCCGCAGACACUUCCACCAUUCGGCCGUGAGCGAUUCGAGAUACUCCGCCAGCACCAUUAUGACUUCCUACUGCAAGGAGCUGACCCUGAAUGACUACGAUAUCGUGGGUUUCGACCUGGAUGGCACCCUGCUGCGCUAUAAUUUGCGCGAGAUGUCUGCCUUGAUUUAUCGAGUGCUCAAGCAGUUCCUGGUGGAGCAGAAGGGUUACAAGAAGGAACUGCUCGACCUGCCGCUAGAUGUGGACUUCCUGCAGAAGGGUUUGUUCCUGGACGGGCCGCGCGGCAAUGUCCUAAAGCUGAGCAACGAGGCACAGAUCCUGCGAGCGGCCCACGGCACUCGGCUGCUGAGCGACGCGGAAAUACUUGAGAUCUACGGGCCAGAGCGCAAGUGGGACGUCACCAGUGCCUUCCACAAGGAUCCGCUGUCCACGUGGAAUGGCGCUGCCUCGACGCAAAUGCGCUCCUUGCUGGAUUACUUUGAUAUGCCCAGUGCUUUGGUCUUCGCCCAAGCCGUGGAUCAAGUGGACAGGGAGAGGAAGCCAUCGCCCGGCGAGGAGUACCAAGUCUGGCAGGAUGUGCAGGCCGGCUUAAUGAACAUCUACAGCCGGGAGCACUUUGCAAACGAUAAGAGCUCGUACUUUAAGAGCAUGCGAGCAGAGCCCGAGAGAUUCAUUCUCCGCACGGACCCCAGGGUGCUAAAGUGGCUGGAGGAGCUGCGGCAAGCGGGCAAGAAGCUCUUUCUGCUCACCGGCUCCAAUGUGGACUUUGCCAAUCUGACGGCCACGCAGGCUCUGGGCGAGAAUUGGCGGCAGCACUUUGACUUCGUGGUGACGUACGCCAAGAAGCCGGGCUUUUUUACCAGUCAGAGACCCUUCAUGCAGGUGGAUGUGCAGAAACUGGAGGAACUGCCCACGGAGGCGGCGGAAAUAAGGGCGGGCGAGGUCUACUCCCAAGGCAACUGGCAUCAGUUGCACGCAGCUAUGGCCCAGCUGCUCCACAAGGAGCCAACUGAAGCCAAGGCGCUCUACUUUGGCGAUAACAUCGUGCAGGAUGUUUAUACGCCGGUCAAACAUCGCGACUUCGAUGCCGUGGCCAUUGCCGAGGAGUUGCUCCUGGAGGACGGUAAGUAUCCCUAUGCCGCCGAGCUGGACUCCCAGCAAUGGGGCUCGUACUUUGCCCUGGACUGCACGCCGACCCUUUGGUCCAGCUUCAUUACCACCUAUGCCCAGUUGUGUGUGCCCUCGGUGGAGCAGGUGGCCCAGACAUCGCCGGAGAAGAGAAUCAUCUGCACCAAUCCGUACGGUUUCAGUCCGCGGCUGCCCAAGGAGCUAGAGACGCUGCAUCUGAACAGCUGCUAUCGGUAAUGAUAAUGGAUGCGAGAGGCUAUCUACCAACUUCCUGGUGACAAUAAACGACAUGUGAACCCGUGGCGCAGUGUAUCCGAUAGCGCUUCUUUGAGCUGGAAAAACGUAUUCAAAAUUCUUGCGUACAAACAAAUUGUAUUUAAUAAUAGCAAUAAACGGCGCGGUUUUUUUAAUUAUAGAAUUGGUGUAUACAGUGCAAGUCAUAGAUGUAGGGCAUUGAGAUUGAGAAUAACUAAAUGUUAUAAAUUAAGAAUUGAAAUUUGAGGAAAUUUUUUUUUUGAAAAUAGAAAAUGUUUUUUAAGGAUAAUUGUGGCCGGCAAUCAUCUUAGACUUCCUUUUUUAUUUUUGUUUUUAUACUCACAAAAAUAUAAAUUUUAAAAUUACGAAGUUACAGUAUCCCUUUUUAAUCUUAUUUAAACUUUACUAUUUUUCUUAUCGUCUGUCGGUUUAUAAUACCUUGAGGUCCAAAGUCCAAACUGCAACCCGAUAAAAGUUGUUGCACAAGUUAAGGAUUAAUGGAAUUAAUUUCAAUUAAGCAUUAGCUCAAUUUAUUAUCUGUAUUAACAAAUCUUUACACAGCUUUGAUAACUGAACGAUUUUUAUAGGAUUUAUAUUAGAAGAAUUUGCAAUUAAUUUUAAAUAAAUUAAUAUAUAUUUAUAGGCCAUUGUUUAGGAUUUUUGUAUGCCUACUAUUUGUUAUACUUAAUUUUAUUUGUUUAAAAACUUAAGGCUUUGACAUGCGUAACGGACUGCACUCCUAACACGCUAAUUUAAUUCACAUGUUACACAAAAUAUUUCCAUGUACAAACUGAAAUGAAAAGCAAAUAAACAAAGGGUUGUGCAUCA